ACAGUUUCGGAAUUCCGCAGUAUAAAAAGACUGUAGAUUCCACCUUUGAUCCAUUCCUGUGCUCUGCUUAGUUACAUCUGCUUGCACGGAGGCAACGUGCCGUUAAGGGCGCAGAGAUCCCUUGGCCGCGAGGCAUCAUGGCGGCACCAAGAUUUCUUUGCGCUGUAUUGAUCUCAAUACUAGCGACGCAAGCAAUCCAGGUGGCUGCGAAGUGUCCCUUUCACUUCGGCCGGGCCCGUAUGGACGACGAUGUCGGUGCUAUCCUCCAGGCGGAACCGCGCAGGAUGCUGACAUCUGCUGAUGUCAAAGCUGUGAAUGAGCUCAACCUUGACGCUGUCAAGGCAGACCUGAAAGCUCUCUUUCUUGAUUCGAAGGACUGGUGGCCAGCAGAUUUUGGAAACUACGGACCUCUCAUGAUCCGCAUGGCUUGGCACUGCGCCGGCUCGUAUCGCACGUCGGAUGGCCGUGGCGGCUGUGAUGGUGCUCGGCAAAGGUUCGAUCCCGAGCGUUCCUGGGCCGACAACACGAGUCUGGACAAGGCCCGCAAGCUGCUAUGGCCCAUCAAGGAGAAGUACGGCAGUGCGCUUUCCUGGGGUGACCUCAUGAUCCUCGCGGGUAACACGGCCAUUGAGUCUAUGGGCGGCCCCAUCCUGGGCUUCUGCGCGGGCCGCAUCGACGACGCGGACGGCAGCGCCUCCGAACCCCUGGGCCCCUCCCUGGAUCAGGAAAUGGUCGCUCCCUGCUCCGUAAAUGGGGAGUGCGAGGCGCCCCUCGGCGCCUCCACCAUGGAGCUCAUCUACGUCAACCCCGAGGGCCCCCUGGGCAACCCGGUUCCGGAGCUGAGUGCGCCCCAAAUUCGGGAUAUCUUCGGUCGCAUGGCUAUGAACGACUCUGAGACGGUGGCGCUGGUUGGCGGCGGACACGCCUUCGGCAAGUGCCACGGCGCCUGCCCGACUGGCCCCGGCCCCAGCCCCCGACAGCAGCCUUGGGACCCGUGGCCCGGCACCUGCGGCAACGGCACUAUGAAGGGCAAGGGCGAGAACACCUUCACCAGCGGCUUCGACGGCCCCUGGACCACCCAGCCUACCAAGUGGGACAACGAAUACUACCAGAACCUGCUCAAGUAUGACUGGGAGGUGUACAUGGGCCCCGGAGGCCACCACCAGUGGCGCCCCGUCAAGAAGGACCCCUCUGACCCGGAGGAGCUGCCGGACAUCAUCAUGCUCACGGCGGACGUCGCCCUCACCCGGGACCCGGCCUACCUCGAGAUCGCGCCCCUGCCGCCGCCGCCAGCAACACUGCCCGACUUCAAGGCCGUGUCCAAGGCCAUUGCCAAGGCCCUGCGUACUGCCAGCCCGGCGCUGGAAGGCGACUUGGUGGGCGGCAAGCCGUACUACGGCGCGCUGUUCGCCAACCUGGCGUAUCAGUGUGCGUGCAGCUUCCGCCAGACGGAUUACACUGGCGGCUGCAACGGUGCGCGCAUCCGGUUCUCUCCGCAGAAGGACUGGCCCAACAACGUGGCCAUGGACAGGGUGUUGGCAGUUUUGGAGCCGAUCAAGGCCAGCUUCCCCACUCUGACGUACUCGGACCUCAUCGUGCUGGCCGGCAGUAACGCCCUCACGGAUGCGAAGGCCAAGGGCAUCCGGUUCUGCCCGGGCCGCUCCGAUGCCGACCCCAACGAGCCGCCCGCACCCGUCUAUCCGCCACGUACCAUGAAUAACAAGAUUGCGCAGUUGAUGGACAACGGCAUUGUGAUGGGUCUUGAUAUGCGUGAGAUGGUGGCCAUCCAGGCCCGACUGCGCAGCCCCUCUCAGCAGCGCCGCCUGGGCUUCAGCGGCAGCUGGACCAACGACGCCUCCAAGCUCACCAACGAGUACUUCCGGGUGCUGCUGGAUAACGACUGGGUGAACGUGACCUCGUCUGCCGGUCAACUGGAGAUGAAGGCUGUCGGCAAGGAGGGCAUCUACAUGACACCAACCGACCUGGCAAUCAAGUGGGAUGCCGUACUGUCCGCCAUCGCGCAGGAGUUCGCGACUGAUGCCACGGCCUUCUACACUGCCUUUGCAUCCGCCUGGAACAAGAUGAUGAUUGCCGAUCGGUUUAAGGGUCCCACCGCCAACGAGUGUCCGUCUUGAGCUAGCUCUCCGUUCACGCGGCGAAGUGAUGCCGUUCUCGUAGCUGCUCACAACAGGUGCGAGAACGGCAUCAUGAUCCUCGCUUUCCAGGGGGCCGACAUAGGGGAGCUGCAGCCUGCGUCGUUUUUUGUGCCGCACGAUAUUGCAAGGCGGCUGUAGGGCGUUGAAGGCUUUACAUGAAAAAUUAUUUAAGUAACUCGUGUUUCAAAGUGUUUUAGUGAAUUAGAUAGGUUUGGCGUGUUUCAACCGUUUGCCGGUGGCGGGCCCCACCCCCCGGGUGAUACCCUAUAUAGCCCCUAUUCGCUAUGAGCACCACAGGAGGGAAGAAGUAAGGCCCUCGUAUGUACAGCAUCCUACCGUUGAUUCCAUCGCAUGACAUUGCAUCGUUCAUAUAGAUGCUUACGUGCCGCGGAAGCUAGUGUGUCACAACAUAUUAACAACCUCUUGCAUGCUCGGGUAGGCAGGCCUGUGGUCGGAAGAAUUUGCUUGUACGGGCUGAAGACGAAAAAAGCAUCACUAGAAUCCAGGGGUAGGGUAGUGCCGGGAAACAGUUUUUGGCGUUUAUAUUUUGAUUGGCCACACUUGUCGGUUUUGUUGCAGCAGCAGCUGCUGCAGCAGCAGCUGAUCUUUGGCACAACGCCCAUCUGGAGUACGCACCAUUGUGGUAAAAACGUACUUAUGUGACUUAGCGUACAAGUUGCUGUCGUACGGCAUACGGCAUAUGGCGCGAUGUUGUUUGGAUGAUGGUGCUAAAUAAUAAUACGUUCUGUAAUUCUUUCUGGUCGACAAUGAUAAUUCCAUUCGCAUCGGGCGAUGAGAAUGCCGCAACUGCUUAAAUGUAGCGGACGUGUGGAGGUCCCUUUGCCUCCGGGCUGCGGCUAUGAGUGCGUGUCUGUGUUUUACGUGCCAUAACCGCGGGGUGGUAACAUCGCGUGGCGAGUGACUAGAUGUAUGGGCCUGCCGUACCGAUGACGCGAGUACAGAUGGCCAUCCAGCUGGCUGGAUGGAUGGCUGAGUGCGCCUGCUAAAUAUACUCGGCAAAUCUGUAAGAGCUGGCUAACGACUUCCGCUACCUGAGCCGAUUGUUACCGCAUCUACCGCCGCUGUAUGCCGCCGCUCACCAACGUGUGCGCUGACCUACAAAUACUGCAUGUGGGCGUGUAUGGGCCCCUAAUGGCUGUAAAAAGGUGAUCACGGA